AUGGGUAAACAUAAAUUUUGGCCUUUCAAGAGGCCUGAAGCCAAACAGACACCAAAAACACUGCCAAACUUACUGUCUCCGUCUACCCCUGAUGGCGCCACAUCAUCACGCUCUAGCGUCUCCGCAAUCGAGUCAGUUCGUUCUGUCCCUGGAACAUCUGACAACCCAGCUCCUGCCAUCAGUAAUACGACCGCUGAAACGGCUACCCCGACGGCUUUGUUAAACAAUACAGCAAAUUCAACUACAGCAGCUCUCGCCUCGCCAGUAACAGCCGAGAAUGACGCACCACUGGCAGACUCACUUUGGGACCACGCGUACGAUGCGUUGAAGGUGAGGCAUAGUGAGCUAAUAGAAGUAUAUGAAGACUUUCUCUCUAAGUCAUUGCAUCAAGCGCAGACACCCCAUCCUGACCACGCUACCAAUGUGAUUCCCCAGGGUGACGCAGCUGCCCGUCGACAGAAGAUGGAUACUAUAAUUGCACUUGGUCUAGAGCAUGCGGCCGACAAAGAGACGAGCGUAACUAUUGCCGGACAGAAGAUUACUGUUGAAGAGGCUAUUGCGAAAACAGCUGGUGUCGUUUCGUGGGCUGAGGAUUAUAUCAAGGACACGGUCAAGGACUUACCAUAUGCAUCUAUAGUCAUGGUCGGCGUAUCGCUGGUUCUGCCGCUGCUAAAGAACCCUGUUGUGGCGGAAGAGGCUCGUAGCACUGGCUUCACGUAUGUUACCUCGCAGAUGCGUUACUACGCUGCCAUGGAGUCGCUUCUGCUGCCUGAGGACAUGGAGUCCGUUCGGAGAGCAGACCUGGCAAGUCGACUGACUGAUCUCUAUUCUCUUGUUAUAGAGUUUCAAAUUCGCUGCGUUAUUCACCUAUACCGCAGCAGGACAAAGAAUUUCUUUCGCGGAGCCAUACACUAUGAUGACUGGAAGGGCACGCUAGCCAGCAUCAAGAGCGCCGAACAAGAUUUAGACACCAAGUUCUUCAAAGCCCAGUCAGCGCAAAGCGUGGAAACCCUCAGGUGGAUGCAACGCGAGGCAGAAGAGUCGCGCAGGCGACUGGAUAGUACUAUGGACGAAAUUGUCCAGCUUAUGCGAGAGCAGCUCGGCGUCGCGGCCAGAAUGGAUCGACGUAUGGAGCUGGCAGAAGAUCGGGCUUGCAUAGAGGCAUUAAGCAAAGAAGAUCCCCGAGAUGAUAAAGCUAGAAUUUUGUCUCAAAAAGGAGGUCUUUUGGAAGAUUCGUACCGCUGGGUGUUCACUAAUGAAGAUUUUCAGCAGUGGCGCAGGCGCGACAACGGGCUGUUGUGGUUGAGAGGAGAUCCUGGGAAAGGAAAGACAAUGCUUGUCUGCGCCAUCAUUGAUAAGCUAGAAGCAUCUGCAUGGAUGGUUAAUGUGUGUUACUUUUUCUGCCAAGCAACCGAUGAACGCAUCAGUAGCGGCACAGCAGUGCUGCGUGGAUUGAUCCACAUGCUGGUCAAACAGCAACCUUCGCUCAUGCCUCAUCUUCGAAAGGCUUAUGAAGAGGCUAAGCUGGUUGAAGGUAGAAAUGCCUGGGUAACCUUGUCACAGCUUUUCGAUAAAAUCGUCAAUGAUCAUCAACUGGAGGAAACGCACUUGCUCAUCGACGCGCUGGACGAGUGUACAACGGAUUUGACGCUUCUAUUGGAACUCGUUGACAAAUACGCAUCACACCCACGCAUUAAAUGGCUCGUCUCCAGUCGGAACGAGUUGGCAAUAGCCGAGCGUCUUGAUCGGCCUAAUAUUGGAAGCCAACUGUCACUUGAACUGAACGCUGCAUCCGUAUCUUUGGCAGUUCGCUCAUUUAUACAACACAAAGUGGGAGUGCUGAAGGCUCUGAAAGGAUAUACACAGAAUCAACAGGACAGGGUUUCUAUCUACCUGGCCGACAAUGCCAGCGAUACGUUCUUGUGGGUAGCCCUUGUUUGUCAGCACCUUAGUAUCCUUCCUCGUGGAAUCGUAUUAGACACGAUAAAGAGAGGAUUAUUCCCGUCUGGACUGAAAGAUCUAUACAGGCGAAUGCUUCACCAGGUCAAUGGUACCGACUUUGCGGACCUUUGCAUACGGAUUCUAGCGGUUGUCUGCACUGUAUAUCGUCCUAUUACGAUUGACGAGUUGCCAUCAAUGGUGGAUCUUCCCGAUGACUUGGCGGAAGAUUCAGACGCCUUGCAGGAGAUUUUAAACACGUGCGGCUCUUUCAUUUCUACCAAGGGUGGUGUCAUCGCGACCGUGCAUCAAUCAGCGGUAGACUUCCUGAAAGAUCAGGCAAGUGACGAGAUCUUCCCUGCAGGUCCCAAAGAUGUACACCAUAAAAUCUUUAUACACUCGCUGGAUUCACUUUCGGCUGUUUUAAGACGGGACAUAUACAACCUGGUUGAUCCUGGCUAUAAAUUCCAGAAUAUUCAACGUCCAGAUCCAGAUCCUCUUGCAUCAGUGGGCUACUUAUCUGCUUAUUGGGUUGACCAUCUAGGAGAGUGUUUAUCUCUGUCCGAAGAGACGGAGGUUAUAGAGAUGAUCAAUCAAUUCAUGAAGGCAAAGUAUUUAUAUUGGAUCGAGGCGUUGGGCUUGUUGGGUAAGAUUUCGCAAGGAGUUCAGUCCAUCGCAAAACUAAAAGAGUUAACACUAAGAGUAUCCGACGUAUUGCUUAGAGACACCGUCCACGAUGCAGAGAGAUUUUUGCGCUACUUUAAAGUAGCUGUUGAGUUGGCCCCGCUGCAAAUAUAUGUAUCGGGGCUUCUGUUCAGUCCUACCAACAGUUUUACAAGAAAGAAUUUCCAUCACGAUAGAAUUGGUCGCCUAUCAUUAGCCUCGCCAAUCAGUCCGGAGUGGAGUGCUUGUAUACAAACACUUGAGGGUCAUAGCGAUUGGGUUAACUCGGUGAUCUUCUCGCCAGAUGGCAAGAGUAUUGCUUCUGGCUCGGAUGAUAACACAGUCCGAAUAUGGGAUGCUGUGGCUGGGCAUUGCAAGCAUAUCAUUGAGGGUCACAGCAAUUCGGUUACAUUGGUGAUAUUCUCGCCAGAUAGCAAGAGUAUUGCUUCUGGCUCGCAUGAUAAGACAGUCCGAAUAUGGGAUGCUGUGGCUGGGCAUUGCAAGCAUAUUCUUGAGGGUCACAGCGAUUCGGUUACAUCGGUGAUAUUCUCGCCAGAUGGCAAGAGUAUUGCUUCUGGCUCGGAUGAUGACACAGUCCGAAUAUGGGAUGCUAUGACUGGGAGCUGCAAGCAUAUCAUUGAGGGUCAUAGCGGUUGGAUUACAUCGGUGAUAUUCUCGCCAGAUAGCAAGAGUAUUGCUUCUGGCUCGCAUGAUAACAGAGUCCGAAUAUGGGAUGCUAUGAAUGGGCAUUGCAAGCGUAUCAUUGAGGGUCACAGCAAUUCGGUUACAUCGGUGAUAUUCUCGCCAGAUGGCAAGAGUAUUGCUUCUGGCUCGGAUGAUGACACAGUCCGAAUAUGGGAUGCUAUGACUGGGAGUUGCAAGCAUAUCCUUGAAGGUCAUAGCGGUUGGGUUACAUCGGCGAUAUUUUCGCCAGAUGGCAAGAGUAUUGCUUCUAGCUCGGAUGAUAACACAGUCCGAAUAUGGGAUGCUGUGACUGGGCAUUGCAAGCAUAUUCUUGAGGGUCAUAGCGAUUCGGUUACAUCGGUGAUAUUCUCGCCAGAUAGCAAGAGUAUUGCUUCUGGCUCGCAUGAUAAGACAGUCCGAAUAUGGGACUCUGUGACUGGGCAUUGCAAGCAUAUUCUUGAGGGUCACGGCAUUUCGGUUACAUUGGUGAUAUUCUCGCCAGAUAGCAAGAGUAUUGCUUCUGGCUCGCAUGAUAAGACAGUCCGAAUAUGGGACUCUGUGACUGGGCAUUGCAAGCAUAUUCUUGAGGGUCACGGCAUUUCGGUUACAUCGGUGAUAUUUUCGCCAGAUAGACGCCCUACGCCUCCUCUAGAGCUGCAAAAUAAUAUCGAAUUAGACAUAGGAGGUGGUGAUGACUGGAUACUGGUUGAUGGAUCUGAUUCUCUUUGGCUACCUGCGGAAUAUCGACCAAUCCAAUUCGUAGUCAAGGGUUCGCAUUUGGCUCUGGGUUGCGCUUCUGGCCGAGUUAUGAUAUUUCAUAUUUCAGCGCAGGAAUAGUUUGCAUUCCUUUUACGGAUUUGGGUACACAAUAUUUAUUCCGGAAUUACGGAAAUGCCCCUCAGCAUUGAGAUUCCUUCAGUUGCCCUUUUUAUCCAUGUGGCGGCGCCCAAGGCGUCGAACGCUAUGUCGAAGAAAUUCAUCAAACGAAAGCUCUGCAUACCUUCAUGCUUCCAAUGCUUUUUAAUAAAUAUCUUCAAUUCUGAGAAAAGUUCUUCUAUAGGAUUUAAAUCUGGUAAAUACGGGGAGGAAAUAAUACUUUUACCCCUGCUGCUUCGCACAUAGCUAGAAUCCUCUUCGAAUGAUGCAAGGAGACGUUGUCCAUCACAAGAACAGACUUGGGUUCCGGAAAUCUGCCGCAAUAUUGUAGCAGUUCUGCUAUGUAGUUCUUAAAUACGGCGCCGUUAGUUGCUCUAUCGUAUACGCGUGAGAAAAAGACGCCAUCCUACGCAUAAGCCGGCAAAAUUUGGCGUUUCCUGUCUCGAGUAAACAUUCCUUUUUGGAUCGGAUUAACUCCUCGUCGAGCUUGGCCCUUGUUACGUUGAGCGGCGAGAAUACUACAGCCAGAUUCGUCAAGGAAGACUAGCUGGUAGGACAGGAACUGCAUCAAUUUCUGAAGAUACUAGUUCCGUAGCAGCCGAUCCCGCUGCUGGGCCACCCGGCGAGUCUUCUUCCACGGAUAGCCUGCUCGAAGCCAGCUUCGGCUGAUAGUGCUAGGAGACGGCUCAAUACCAAACCUUUUCUUCAAAAAUUCAAUAUUUUCCCCUCUAUUUUCCGUAGAGUCGUCUUUGGCCCUUUCACAGAGAGCACGCAUCAUAUCGUCAGUUAUUAGUCUCGGUCGGCCGGCCGAUUUCUAUCUAGGAGCUCGAGUGGUACCAUAGAAUUUUCUGUUGAGGUGAAGCCGACGAAUGGUGGACUCAGGUCAUAGUACUAUAGGUGAUAUUUCUUUAUCUGAUUUUCCAUCACCAAAUAGAAAUAAAAUCCUGAUAUGAUCCGCCUUACUUAUUGGCAGCGCCAUGGUUAGAAUUAAUAUACUGGGAAAUUCUAGGGUGCAUUCCAAACACAUUUAACGACAUCCUUUGAGACCUCAGACGGCGAAUCAGAGACUGGUAUCACCAGACCACUACAGCAGUUAAAAGGCUGACCCUUUCUAUCAGAUACGUAUAUAGUCCAAGAUUGUUCUAAGGCUCUAGUGCCGAUUUGGGCCAUCAUACCAAUGGCCUGAUGUAGAUCACACCCACAUCGAAUUUAGCCGUGCCGCAUGAGCACAGAAAUUUGGCAAAGCAAGGGCAAGUAGAAUUAUUUAAUUAUUGUUUCUUAAAGAGCCUAAUAACUGAGAAGAAAAAAAUCUGCAAUACUUGCGCGUACAGUUGAUUUCCACAAAGUAUUAUACGUCUAGUCUGAGCAAUUUGUUGUUGAUGAAAAAGAUAAAGGGUCACGUCAUGCAUCAGACCCC